AUGCUGCUGGCCCCAGCUCUGGCUCAGAAAGUCGAGGGAGCCCAGUUCAACAACCCCCAUGCAGGACCCCCGUCUAGCUAUUUCGCUGCUGGUCCCAAUAUUCCUGUUGCUGCGCUACAAAGGGCUGUGGCGGGGGCUAAUACUGCAGCAAAAGAUGCAACAUAUCCUGUCAAUAGGAACGUCGACGCUCCCCAGGUUACUAUUCACAGCGACUGGACAAAUUUUAAGGAAGGAGCUGCCUUUGUGUGGGUUGGCGAUAUGGAUGUCGACUGUGAUGGUAUUGAUUGGCAAUGCCAGGGUAAUCAAUUUGGGCAGCCAAACACUAAUUUCGGCGCGCUGGCUGCAUACGAAGUGCCCUGGAUUGUGAUUCCUGACAGGUUCGGUACUACAUAUAAAAGUGUCCUUCCUGGGAACAACGUCGGAGCUGUCAUCUGCAAUGGAAAAAUGUUUUACGGCAUCUAUGGCGACUCCUGUGGGGUCGAUCCUCAAGUGAUUGGCGAGGCUUCAUGGCUGAUGGCCCGGGCAUGUUUCCCGAACGACAACAUCAGCGGAUUCAACGGACAUGUUAACGUUGAUGUGACUUACAUUCUGUUUACUGGUGGUAAUGCGGUGCUUCCAGGCAGCGCAUUGAACAGCAACUUUUUGACCGAUUUUGGUACCCUGCGGUCGAUGGGAGAUAAUCUUAUGACCAGCCUUGCCAAGAGCUUGGGUCUUGCACCUGGGGCACACGUUGGUAGUCAAUUAUCUGAGCCAGACCGAAAAAUGCCAGUGAAUGGUGCGCGCCCCUGGACUGAGGAUUGUGCCUGUGCAUCUGGCUCUUCUGAAGAUGAUUAA